AUGAGUAUAUCUGUUAGAACCCUUCUUAAAACCACUAGGUUAGUGGUACCUUCUGGGAUGAAGUUAUGCAGUUUCAAUAAUAUAUCUAUUAGAUAUAACAGCACUGAAACCAAAUCUUAUUAUAAGAGUUGGGCAGAGUUAGAACUACCUGAGAGACAACAAUUUAUUAAAGAAUUUGUAAAAAAUUACAAGAAACAAUUUCCAAAAUCCAAAACUAAUUUAUCUCUGAAAAUGUUAUCUCUUGAUAUGGAUAAAUUUGAGGACUCUCCAGCAGUUUUUGGUAUUUUUUACAACGAUAUAUACAAGGAAUUGGCCAGAGAGGCUGGUCAAAGUAUAAUUGCACAAUCAGUUGCCGCUAGAGAAGAAAAUAGAUUCAUUCAUAGUACAUUUAAAAGGUUACUAAUUCGUAAACCAUCUAAUAUUCCAUAA